AUAAAAAUAAAAAAUUUGAAAAAUUAUCAAAAAUUGAUUUUAAACCAGUUAAAUAGAGAAAUUGUGAAUCAUAAAUAGUUUUAAGCUGUUUAUAAGUACAUCUUAAACAUUAAGCAAUUGAAGGAAAGAAGUAAAAGUUCCAAUGAAUUGAGAAAAAUUGAUAAAAAAUAUUGAGACACUUCUUCUUCUUCUUGAUAAAAAGUACCCGAAAUGCAAUCAAGUUCAAGUUAUACGCAUCAGCUUUUACGGGUUGUAGUGGCAAAAAUUUGUCAGACUGUUGGAUGGCAAGGAGUCACUGGAACAGCAUUAGAAAUUAUGGUCGAUAUCCUUGACCGAUAUAUUCGAGAAAUAUGCAGAACAACGCAUGACUAUACUGAGCACUAUAACAGAACGGAAGGAAAUCUAGACGAUUUAGAACUAACAUUAAGAGAUAUGGGGAUUAAUAUGCACGAAAUAAUUGAAUAUAUUAGUUAUGUUGAUCCAAUAAUUACAAACUUGGAAAUACCUAAAUAUCCUGUCGCAAAAGAUUCCCAUUUUAAUUUCCUAAAACCCGGAAGCAAAGAAGUUUUGACUCGUCCUGUACACAUUCAUGAGCAUUUGCCUCCAAUUAAUCCACAAGAAGAAGCGACAUAUUCGAAUGGUGAGAAAGACAUUGAUGUCGUUGGAUUGCCAAAUGAUGAUGUAUUUAAGCGUCCAGCAGAGACUGAUUCGAAUCCAGCAAAGAAAAUUAAGUUGGAGGAGGAAGGAAGAGCAACAAGAGAAAUAAGUUCAGUAAUGAUGACUACAUCUGGGUUUAUUUCACCUGCUCGAGAAGGAAAAUUGCCAGAAAGCAAGCCACCGAAAUUAGUCGAAGAAUUCCCAAAACCAAUUCCACCGCCUAUGAUAUCACCAUCAACAUUUAAGUCUAAAGAUUCUCCAUUCAGUGUUCCUUCAUCUGGACCAACUGAUAAAAAACUUGAAAAGAGAUUAAAGAAAAAAAAUCACGAUAAAGAAAAGAAAAAGGAUAAACAUUUUAAGGAUAAAUAUUCAUUGCCAGAUCCAAAUGAAUUAGCUCAAUAUGAUCCAAUUCCACCUCAACAGAGUUUAGCACCUCCAAUAAUUAUGCCACGCGAAGCUAAUGAACACAUGAUUAUGGCUGAACGUAAAAAGGAACUGAAAAAAUUAAAAAUGAAAAAUAAGGAUGAAGUUAAGAAAAAGAAGGAAAAACCACCGAAACAUCCCAAAAUGCAGUCAUUCGAUCAAGGAUUCAUGGACAGCAAGUCAACAUUUGAUCCUUAUCAAGUUCUACCGACAUCAAUUAGUCAGCCAUUAGCUACAAGCACUCAGAUUCAAGCACAUAAAUAUUUAACAGGAGCUGCUCAUGCAUUAUUUCCAAAUCCAAUUCUUGAUUCUUUCGGAUCACAACAAACACCUUUAAUGUCUACACAAAAUCCAUUAAUUGAAGGAAAAUUAAUUUCGGAACCAGAUAAACAAAAAUUAAACAUUUUCAAAAAGAUAUCAAAACCUAAAGAGGAUCCAAUUAAGCAUCAACAACAAUCUAUGCAGUCUCAAAUGGAUUUUUUGACACCAUCAAAAUUAGAUCGAUUUGACACCAAUCAGCCAUCAACAUCUCAUCCACCACAAACAUUUGCUGAUCCAAUGAAAAAAGUGCACAAAUUACCAAAAGAAACGACUUUAACGCGAGUUGAUGACAGCUUAAAUAUGCCGAUGAAUCUUUCAGGACCAUCUAGAAGCAAUGACUCAUCAUUUGAAGAAAUGCCAGUUCCAAAAACACCAACAAUUCCACCCAAAACUCCAGACUUUAAAAUGUCACAAAAUGUCGAGAAAAAGGAAAAGAAAGAACGCAAAAAGAAGGAAAAGAAAGUCAAUCUCGAUCAAACUGAUUGGAUGGGUGGACAAAAUCUUCAGAAUCAACAACAGCACUUUCCAAAUCCCUUCGAUUUGGCAUCUCAAAAUAAUUCUUUCUUACAAAAUUUACAGACUAGCAGUUUAAUGGGAAAUUUAGCAAAUUCAUUCAUGCUCAAUAGAAAUCCAUUCUCAAUGCCUGUCACUGAUAUAUUUUCAUCAGGUCCAGGUUUGAUUCCAAAAGCACCAUUUAGUAUGCAACAAUCGCCAUUAAAUGCUAUGCUUAAUCCAUAUGGCAUGGAUAUGAAUUUAUUCCAACAGCAACAACAACAACAACCGUCACCACCAAUUAAACCAAAGAAGGUAAAACCUCCAAAACCUGCCAAACCAACGAUGGAAAUUCUCCAGACAAUGGGCAGCAAGUUUUGCAAUGUAGCACCUUUAGUUCCACCCUCAAUUAUUAAGGAACGUCAUUUUGAUCCCCCAUUGAUGAAUGUUGACACUUUCCCAUUACAGCAACAGAGCAUGAAUACUGCAUUUGAUCAACUUUUAAAAGAUCAGCAUCAUCAACAGCAACAACAAAUGUCUACGCCUGCUAAAAAGAUUAUUGAUGAGAAAGUUGAGACAUUUGAUCUCACAAAAGAUUCAUCACCAGAGCCUACAAUGACAGCUCCAAUGCCAUCUACAUCAGGUUCUACCCAUAUUAUUACAGAGUCGAUUCCAACAGCAAUUACGUCAUCGUUCCAACAAGAAAAUAAUCUACCCACAAUUCCUGAACAUUCAGAAUUACUUCCACAGCAGCCAGUUAUUAAGGAAAAAUCGAAAGAGAAGAAGAAAAAGAAGGAUAAAGACCGUGAUAAGGAACGCGAUAAGGACAAGGAGGAACGCAAAAAGAAAAAGAAGGAAAAGAAGAAGAAGAAGGAUAAACAUAAGGAUAAAGAGAAGCAUAGAGCCUCAAUGUCGACAUUGGAUAGUCAAAGUAAUGAUACAGAAGAUACAGCUGACAAUAAUUCUACAUCCUCAGUUCCAAAAUUAAUGCUUAAAUUAAAUUCACCUCGACCGAACACACCAGAUACUCACAAAAAGACAAUCAUCCAGCGAUCAAGGAAUGAAGACUUUGAGUUUCCAUCGCCUCAUCAAGACACAAGUCAUCGUGGAUUGUCGCCUCAUUUGAGUGGAUAUGCUAGAGAUCCAUCACCAGAAUUAGCAAGGAUAUCUCCGCUUGUAACACGUCCACCGAAAAUUAAACAUACGAGUAAGUAUAAUUAAUGUCAGUUACUAUUUUAUUAUUUUGAAUUUCUUUCUAAAAUUCGACACAAAAAAAAUAUCAAAUUUACUCUACGAAUGAUCAGCUUCAAUUUAUUCGUCGACGACGACAAGUGGUGAUUAUUACCACCAACAACAGCAAUCAAAUUAUAUGAAUCAAUAUGAUUAUAAUAAUCCACAAUAUAUGGAUUAUCAACAAAGCUCACCAUACUCAUCUUAUUCGAGUCAGUACCAGACUAAUUAUCAACAACCAUUGCAACAACAGCAAACUCAUUAUCAAACGCCAAAUUAUCAGCAACCGACUGAAUAUCCUACACAAAAUGUGCAAUAUCAGCAACAAACAUAUCAACAGCCACAAGAUUUAGGAUAUAGCAACAAUAAUAAUGAUAAUAAUAAUCAGUCAUGGAAUAUAACUCAGAAUAAAGCUUCGUACAUUGACGCUGAUGGUAGUACAGUUUGGAUAUGUCCAGCGUGUGGAUCCAUUGACGAUGGUUCCCCAAUGAUUGGCUGUGAUGCAUGUGAUGCUUGGUAUCAUUGGGCAUGUGUUGGAAUAAAAGUAGAACCGAAUGAAAAUGAGGACUGGUUCUGUCGAGCAUGCAUCAGCCGAAAGCAAAGUGAUCAGUUGGAAGGAAAGAAGAAGAAGCGGAAGAAGAAGGAUCGAGAGAGUAAAAAUCUUUAGCAUUUAGAGAAAAAGGGUGUUGGACGUCCGAGGAAAAUUACACUUGCAUCGCCUAAAUUGAUUGCGAAUAAUUUUAAUGAGCCACAGAUUUAAAAGAAGGGAAAAUAAUUCAAUAAGAAUACAAAUGUAAAAAUGUUUAAAGAAAUAUUUUGGUGUUUUUCGAUUAGAUAUCUAUCAAUAAUCUAUGAAAUUAUGAAUUAUGAGAAUAAAUUUCUAUUUUGUAAAAAAUGUU